AUGAAGCGCACACUGUCCCUGGGGAUCGAGGGAAGCGCAAACAAGAUCGGUGUGGGGGUGGUGGACCAGACUGGUGCGGUGCUCUCCAAUGUUCGCGAGACCUACAUUACUCCACCUGGGACCGGAUUCCUGCCGCGCGAGACGGCCAUCCAUCACUCCCAGUGUGUGUUGCAGGUCGUGCAGCGCUCCAUGCACGAUGCCGCAGUGACUCCGGCUGACAUCGACAUCAUCUCGUACACGAAAGGCCCUGGCAUGGGCGCGCCGCUCUCUGUCGGCUGCACCGUAGCCAAAACGCUGUCCCUCUUGUGGGGGAAGCCGCUGGUGGGUGUCAACCACUGCAUCGGGCACAUCGAGAUGGGCCGCGUCGUCACGCAGAGCGAGAACCCUGUCGUGCUGUACGUCAGCGGGGGCAACACGCAAGUCAUUGCCUACGCUGAUCACCGCUACCGCAUUUUUGGUGAGACGAUCGACAUCGCUGUGGGCAACUGCCUGGACCGGGUCGCCCGCCUCCUGAGCAUCUCAAACGACCCGGCGCCGGGGUACAACAUUGAGCAGAAGGCCAAGAGGGGCAAGCACUACAUCCGCCUACCGUACACCGUGAAGGGAAUGGAUAUGUCGUUCAGCGGCAUCCUCUCCUACGUCGAGCAGCUUGUGCGCCACCCUCAAUUCACGGAGCCGGACGUUUAUGAUUUGUCCGACAAGCGGCGCAAAGCGGCACCGCCGCUGACGAGCGCCCCGGUGCCGCCCGGUGAGACGUUCAACACGGACGACAUCUGCUUCGCUUUGCAGGAGACCAUCUUCGCCAUGCUAGUGGAAGUGACGGAGCGCGCCAUGUCGCAAGUCCACGCAUCUGAUGUCCUCAUUGUCGGCGGAGUGGGAUGCAACAAGCGCCUGCAGAGUAUGAUGCAGACGAUGGCGGCAGAGCGUGGGGGUCGCUGCUUCGACAUGGACCAGCGGUUUUGUGUAGACAAUGGGUGCAUGAUCGCUUACGCCGGGCUGCUGCAGUACCUGAGCGGCUCCUUUACGCCCAUGGCGGAGGCGACCAUCACGCAGCGCUUCCGCACCGAUGAAGUGUACGUCGCAUGGCGUGAUUGA